AUGGAUCCUCUUAGUGUCCUCACAACUCCAUUUUAUCAUUCCAUCACUGAGACCAUUUUUGCAACCAUGGGUCAGCGGAACAAAGUCUUAGAGACUGACACUCCUACUGCAAAAUUUCUUUACACAAUCAUCAAGCAAUUGGACCUGAAGUCGGUCGACUGGAAUAGGGUCGCCUCCGAUGUCGAGGUUUCCAAUGGUCAUGCCGCUCGUAUGCGGUAUUCGCGCUUCCGACAACAGAUGGAAGGAACCACGGGGGCAAACAAACCAAGGCGAAAGAGCAAGAAGGGAAAGACCAUGGAUCCGCCCGCUGAGAUGCAAGGAAUAUUCCCAAUGGCUCCGCCUCUCAUAAUGCCCACCAUGGAGCAGACAGAUUCUUCUCUUCCAGGAAAUCCCUUUGUAAAGUGCGAACCGGGCACUCAAGACAAUGCAAACUUGCAGAGCUUUAUGCAGCAUUCUCCGCAGUUGAUGAUGGAGGCUGGUACCGAAGGACAGUAUUACUUUCCUCAGGAUUUUGCCUCAACGCAGUUUCAGCUUGCGUCAAACAUGCCGUCUGGGCUGCCAUCACCCAGCCCCGCAACAUCAUCGUCCUUGUUGCCUGAAAAUCCAUAUCAGUUCCCGACCACGUCAACCAGUUACCCUUAUUCAUCGUCCGGUUGCCUUUACUCAUCACCCGCUUACCCAUAUUCAUCACCCGGCACUCAAUCCGGUUUCGACUUGCAGGAGUUUGGCCAAAUGCACCCUUUCACCAAUUAUGCCCCAACAAUCAGCUGGGAACCACAACCUUCUUCUAGCCAGGAAAGCCCCGCUGUAAAGGUUGAAGAAGAGCAACAGACUCACCAGGAAGGCCCGACUGUGAAAGUAGAAGAAGGACAACCAACCGAGGAGGAGAUACCGAGUACAGGGAGCCAGGAAGAUCACCAUGUUGUUGUCAAAGUUGAAAAGAUUCAAGAUUGA